AUGCCAAUUCAGCUCCGCCCGCGAUUAUCUUGUCACUACUGUGGACGGAGAUCAAAACUCUCCAAGAAAGAAGGCCGCAGAUUUCAGUGCGACUACUGUCUCGCAGUGAACUUCUUCGAUGAGCACGGCGACGUUGCAGAUGUCCCGGUCGAGGAGACUGCACCACAACAAUACGCAGCCGAAUCCGUCGUUACAGGAGACCCUCUUGCAAACCACUUCUCCGCUGAAGAUUCUAUAUUUUGCUCCACCUGUCUGAAGAAUCAGCAUCUCUAUACUACAGCCCUAUCCCAGUUCCUGCCUGAUCCCGAGGAUCCCGACUACGACAAGAUUGAAGCACAGCUACCGAUCUUUAAAAAUGGAUUGGAAGAGAGAUAUCCACAAUGUUGUGCCAAGUGCGAGCCAAAGGUCAGAGCUCAGUUAAACAGGGCCACCUAUAAUGCGAAAAGCGAUCAUAUAAGAAGAGUGCUGGACAAGUCGCGAAAGCAGAGAAUUGCUAGCCGAAGAGGGUGGAGGAGCCUCCUCGUCAGUGCUGCUGGGUUGGGUUAUGCCCUGAGUAUCAUUUUCCAGGCUGCCUGGCACCUCUACGGAUCCCAAUUGCAACCGGCUCCGAUCAUUGAUGGGUUGCGACUAUCUCAAUGCCUCAGUGAAAGACCUUUGAACAAGCAAUGCUUGAAUCUGAUGGAGCGUUUCGUGGGACUAUCCCUUGGUCUCGGCCUCCUCUGCGUAUGGUGGAACCCAAAAUGGCAGCAUAAACUCUCGAACAACGAAGGCAAGUUAGUGGGACUCGAAAAGUAUUAUUUAAUCCAACUCGGUCUUCUGCUCUCGAGAUUCGCUGUCUGGGCAAUAUUGCAAGAUGUUCCUCUUGACAACAGAACGACUACCAUAGUCCACGCAGUUUUCGCCCUUGUCUUCAUGGCGGUGGCACUUUGGUCCAACAUGAGAGUUAUCCAAGUCCGGCUAGCCUUACCCAUUGACUGGAACAUAGACCCUGCUCCUCUGUUAUCCAGCAGGCAGUUUAUCCCUCCAGAAAGUAGUUUCCCCUCACAACAAACACAAAUUCAGGAGCGAGCAUUCAAUCUCGAUACAUUGUCCUCUGCAACCGCGCCAUCAUAUGAACCCUGGAGGCCGCCUACACCGCCCAACGAUAGCGGAGAAUCAAUGGACUGGACACCUUCGCAGCCAGCAUUCGAGCCACUGCCCAAAACAAUACAUUACCUAUCGGCCAGCCCUUCUCCUUUUCAUGGCAGACUUCCUGCACUGCCUGCGAGAGGAGUUCACACACAUUCUGGCCGCGUCGCAAACGAACCAAAAGAGGCCAUUGGGCUACCUCCUGGAUUUUUCGACAGUAAACCAAAUUCUAUCCUACCUCCGCGGCAAGCGAAUGCAUCUGGUGAGGCAAUGGCACAACCCACGUUCUUUGGGCAUGAAAGACAAGCCGAUACUGGACUGGAGAACAUCUUUGAAACUGUUUUUUCAUUCCAAGAUCGAAGUGUCCCGCAUUCGGCUGAGGCUCGUGUACCGAACCUGCGUUCAAGUUCGCAGCAUGUUGCUGAAGGCUACAAUGCUGGGUCAUUGUCGUCAGCAACUGCGCGGGAUCUUUCGAGUCAGAUGGUCAUUAGCGGAGUUGCGUUCUUCCUCCUUCUGGUAGCCUUGAUGACUUGGCUACUUGAAGUCACAGUGAAGCCAGAAGGCUCCAGUUUGGGAUAUUACAUUGUGCUAGCAAGUGCAUCAAUACCCACCAUUCACUUCCUUCGCGACAUUCUUAUUGGACGAAUAAAUGAAAACUUUUUGUGGCUCAUCAUUUUUGCCAUGGAGGCGUCCUCGUUGGUUGGCCUUGCGUACGCUAGAGGCUUGCUCGAAGGGGGCUUCAUCGAUCUAUGGAAUAAGCUCUCUAUCGCAGCUGUGGCACUUCUCUUGCCACAGGAGUUUGUGAGAAUGACAUCGUCCUGCAUGGGGUUGAACGGCAAACCCCGACGCACGAGAUCCUCACCCACCGUGCAAGCUCCAACCGAGCCUGGCACCCAUCGGGGAUCACUCUUAGCUCAACCUUCGAUGCGGGAUACCAUGAGUACCACCUCAGCUGUGGUGGCACCAGCCUCUCCCAACCUUCGCAACAGUAACUUUCGACGAGACUCCGACGAAUCCACCGCUAGCAGGCCCACCACUGCCAGCAGCUCAACCACAAAGCGCUGGGAAAGCCCCAACCUACGCACCGACAGGUGUCAAUGGGAGCCUCGUGAAAAGAGGGCCUCUCCGGAGAGGGCUUGUGUGUCGGAAGACAUAGGUGGAUUAUCUUUGAACGACACUGCUUUAAGAGGUGACGGACGUGGUAGAAAAGAUACGGCGGCACCUUGGGGUUUACCCUCGUCAACUACCUCGAGAACAUUUGGUUCUACUCCCAGGGCGAGAAGGGGAUUUUAA